AUGGUUAUUACUCUAACUAAUAAAUUUUUACUUAUUGAUAGAAGAAUUAUUUCUCUUAAUACCUCUAAUGAAGUCUAUGAACUUCUUAUAACGUUACUUGACAAAGAAUGUCUUGCUGUAAAAAGAAAAUUAUUUCAUUUAGACCCAAUUUACCUUCAUGACUUUGGAUAUAAGCAAUAUGACCAAUUCAUAAUUCCAUGUUUAAAUUCAUUUAUUCUUGAAAAGGAUUUAGAAAAAGAAAAUAAUAUAACUAGUCUUUGUUGUAUCCAAAAUCAAGUGAUUUGUAAUAAUUUAGAUAAUGCAAUUCAAUACAGACAAUUUAUUAUUAAUUACAUUUGUCAAACACUUCAAAUAGAUAAAAUAGUUAUUCCUCAAGGUUUAAUUCAAUGGAUUGAAAUUAGUGUAAAAAAUCAUUUUAUAGAAACUGAAGGAUGUGAUGUAAAAAUUUAUAAUUCUUGCUGUGUUUAUAAAAGUUUCUAUUUAUGUGAAAUACUUCAUUUUAUUAAAACAAAUAAAGACUUGUUAUUUUCUCAACUACAAAACUUGACAAUUAGUUCUGUUCAAUUACUUCAUAAACCAUUUAAAUGGCAUAAAGAAUCAAUCAAAUCUAUUGUAAAAAGUAUGGGAAUAAUAUUAUCUGAUUUUGAUAUUUCAGAUACAUACUUUGAUCACCCAAAUAGUAUUCAUGGAUUAAUUCAUACAUAUAGAGUUGUAUUAUUUUCUUUAAUUAUUGGCUAUUACACAAAAAACAGAAGAUUUGGUUUAUUGGCUUCAUGUGGUUCUCUUAUUCAUGAUAUGGCAAGAAAAAGAGAUGGAAUUUGUACUGAACAUGGUUCAUUAGCUGCAAAAACAAAAUUUAAUUUGUUAAAAAAUCAUAUCGUAAACUAUUCUAUUUCAGAAACAGAACAAAACUAUAUCAAGAAUGCUGUUAUUAAACAUUGUACAGGAGAAAGUAAACCAAAUGAAGAUGACUAUAUUGUAGUUUCGAUACUCAAAGACUCAGAUGCUCUUGAUAGGUGUAGAGUUGGUGAUUUAGAUCCAAAUUAUCUUAGAUUUAAGGAAUCAAAAAAACUAACUCAACUAAGUGAGUAUAUUUGUAUUAAAACGCUGGAACUAGGGAAUAUUUCAUUUACUCAUUUCAUAGACAUUGUUAAUGAUUUUAUUAAUUGA